AUGCAGCAAGAUUCCACAUUGUCCGGGCCUUCCCGGCGCCCGUCAUCACUGGCGUGUAUGACAUGUCGCCGCCGGCAUCUAAAAUGUGACGCCCAGAUGCCAGUAUGUAGCCGCUGCCAGGCUUCCAGUACGGAAUGCCGCUAUAUCCAAUCCAGACGCGGGCGGACGAAGAACAGCAAUCCUUCCCAGCAGCUUCUGGAUGACGAUGCCUCCCUUUUCUCUGCAGUCAAUCCAGACGAUUUCUCAGAAUGGCCCAGUGGGACAAAUCUCACCACAGAUCUUGUAGAUCUCGAUGCUCGCCAGUCGUUGCUGCCAGAGGAUGCACUUGCGUGGCCUGAGCUAGAGAACGCUGUAACACCCGAAGUUGCAUAUGAUCCCCUGAUCCAGCUGUAUUACCAGACUUUUCACCGCUCGCAUCCGCUCCUGAUCCCAAGGAAAGCACUGCACUCUCACUUAGUCGCGAAGAUACCACAAUACAUCCUCUCAAUCAUGCGCUUCAUUGGCGCUCACCAGCACCAUGAUCCGUCCCUCAAAGAGCUCUUUCGCCAAUCUGCCUAUUCCGUGUUGUCCGCCUUGACGCCUCGCGACGGAUUCAUGGUUCAGGGAAUGGUCCUUCUCGCCAUUGUGGAGCAUGCGCGUGGCGCCGAAGACAGUGCAACCCGUAUUAUGCAGGCUGCCGUUAACCUGGCCUUGGAACUGGGUAUGAACAAAGCCGCAUUCGCGGCCGAACACUCUGGCGGAAAUUCUAUUCUCGAGGAGAGUUGGCGCCGAACUUACUGGGAGCUGUACUUUGUGGACGGAUUCUUGGCGGCAAUGCGUGAUCAGAGCGCGUUCCAACUGUUCCAUAGCCCUGCAGACGUGAGGCUGCCUUGUGACGAAGAGCUUUAUAACUCCGGGGACGUGGUGAUACCGAGCAAUCUGACGUUCAAAGAUCUGACCAACAAGUGGCACUUCGACGAGGAAAGGCGGUUCCCAUCAUCCGCAUACAGAAUCCAGGCCGUGCGCGUCCUGGGCAUGGUCAUGGAAUUGAACCGAUCGCUGGAUAUCGACCUAGAUACUCAGAUCGAAACCAUCGACGCUGUGCUGGCCGCCUUAUUGAUGCAACUGCCAUCAUCCCAGCGGGAUGCGUAUGGCAGCCAUUGCGGCCUAGAUGAAAUGACCUUUCAAGCUCAAAUGACGAGCUACCUGUGCGUGCAUCACCUAUACAAGCCUCUUUCCGUGCCCACUAACAAACUGAGCCUGCCCAGUGCCCUGAUCUACCUCCACCACCCUCGAUCAAACAUGCGGUACGCCUCCAUCCAUGCCUAUACCUCCUGCACCCGCCUCCCAACAAUCCGCGAGACCACUCCCCCCUCCGCCUCCCUGGACCUUCAUUCGCAGAAACUCCUGCGAGCAGCAGAUCUGCUGUGCAACCUAGCCACUCUGCCGAAUCCGGUCAAAUAUCGCACCCCGUUCUUCACCUGCGCGCUUGCCAUGUGUGUGGUAGUGCACACAGUUGCGUGCUUGGUUGUCUCCAUCCCAGAGAAGCAGGAGUCGAUUAAGGCGAGAAUCCAGCUUGCGGUGGGCGCGCUGCAUGUGCUAGGGAAGUUGUGGCCACUGGCGAAGACGGUUAGACAGCGGUUGAUCUCCAUGUAUCAGGAGCUUGGGUUGCGAUGCAGAUAA